AUGAAAGAAUCCUCACUAUUACUACUGUCGGAAGGUGAAACUUCCUCAUCCUCAAAGACAAUGAAUCCGGGCACACCACACAUCUCGCCCAACCAUCCAUCCACCUCAUCUAAAUUAGAGGUUGAUUUUGUCAUCCUUCUACCUCAACUCCUCUUUAUCACCCUUUUGGAAUUUUUUUUUGGAAUUAUGGACCCAAACUUUCGAAAUUUUAUAAAUUCAACUUAUGAGGACUAUCAUGGCUACCUAGGCUUCACCAAAUCUAAGCUGAAGAUGGAGAUGGAAAAUACGUCGAAAAGGAAUGGGAAAGUGUUGUAUAUUUCUCAUGCUUGUCAUGAUCCAAGUGGUAAACUUCCCUUCUUCAAUAAGGUAUACAAAGGCACUGGUUUUACCAUGAUGCAUCGUUUACGAUGGAAUCCAUUGUCCUCUGAGUUACGUGAUGCAUUAAUGCCUUUUGUUUCUGACUGUAUAAUACUCAUAAUACAGUGCAUUUUUCGUGCUUUCUGGUCUUACAGUUCUAGAGCCAAAUGGGUGGUUGUUUGUGAUAUUUUCGGCAUCACACCUGCAUUUGCUGUUUUAAUUAUUAUUAGAAGUGAAAUUUCUGUUACUGUGCAUGCAUUGAAUUUUUUCGAAAUAACUGUCCAAAUGGGGAUUUUAAAGAUCAAAGUUUGUGGAAAUAAAAGAAAUUCUCAUGUUUAUAUUUUCUGCACAAAAGAUUUGAUAUGUCGAUUUCGACGCUCCCGUAAAUCCGUAAUAAAUCCUUUAGCUCACCUUCAUUUAUUAUUUGUAUUUCCUCCUACAAACCAAUAA